CUCUCAACCGCCAUGGCCGACAGCAAGAACAACAAGGGAUCAUACGCCGCUGCAGCGAGGAGCACGGCUGAUAACCAGCCGGAGGGUACGCUCGUCAACGCAGACUCGCAGCCACCACCGUGUGAGUUACGAGUUCUUCCUCCGUGCAGGCGAGGUCACUCACCCACCACUCAUCUCCGGCCUUGACUCAUGCCAGACACCGCCCAGCCCGGGCCAUCCGCUGGCCCCUCCGGUCCCUCCACACAGCCCCCCAUGCCAUCGAGUGCUAAGCACCCGCAUCCUCACCACGCCGGGCCGCACCACCACCCGCAACGCACGCCGCGGCAGACUGAGGAAGGUGUGCUCAUCCUUGUCGCCCAUUCGCCCGAGUACUAUGCCGCGCUGAGCCGCACGCGCCGCCGCUUCUGGGGAACCCUGUUCUGGGCGUUCCUUAUAUACCUCGUUGCAGUGUGGGUAUUACUUCUGCCUGUUGGGCUGUAGUGGAUUGCGAUUGUAGGUGGCGGAGUAGAGGACGCGUAUCGCAACAGCCGGGGAAACAAGCACAAGCAUCGGAACGAUGCCGUCGAGUGGGCAAGCGCCUGAUUGUGGGCGUCAGAAGGAGGGAGAUC